GUUACCAACAUGGCCACGUGCUGAACGUGUUUACGCGAAAGUACGUAAUCAUUCGUAUGUUUCUUGUUCAUACGGCGAAGUAUUGUCCGCGAGAUUACGGUGCUGAGUUUUUUCGACAUGCGUGCACGGUGACUAACCGUUAUUAGCGUGCUCCUUGAGGGCAUGGCUGGUGCAAACAAGAUGUGCACCUGCGACAUCAAGAAUGUGAGUACCUGUUCCUCUGUCAAGCAGGAUGCACCCACUAGUAGAGUGGUAAGGAGUUACCGACCCCAUGGAAGUCUAGCCCGACUACUUUACGAGAAGCAGCGGGCAGACGAGCAGCUCGAGGCCUACGACAAAACUCAGUGGUACAGGGUGGACGCAACCAAGAUUCGGGAGGAUUUGGUCCGUUUAUGGAUCCCCCUUGGAUCGGGACCACAGUGCGACCAACCUGACAAAACUGCCGAAAUCUUCCUAAUGAAAUCCGUUGAGAGAUCAGACUCUUUACCAUUACAAGCGUGGCAUUCUCUGGCAAGAUCCGCUCUGUCCUGGUUCAUCAGCCGCACAUCCAUAAAUGGAUUGCUGGGUCGAGGUUCCAUGCACGUGUUUUCCUCGGAACAAUUUCAAAAGAUGAUGGAUGCGAGUGGCUUUACAGGACCGUGGACCUCUUUAGUGGACUUAGGAGCGGGCGAUGGUGCUACAACCUCGCAUGUCGCACACCUCUUCGAAAAAGUUUAUGCUACAGACAUAUCAGCGCCAAUGAGAUGGGCAUUGGCGAAACGAAAAUUUACGGUGCUCGACGUAGAAAAAUGGCACGAAUCCGGGCCAUUCAACGUGAUACUCUGCCUGAAUCUGUUGGAUCGUUGCGACCGGCCAAACACGCUGCUGCGACGCCUGAAAAAGUCUCUAACUUCCGGCGGACGUCUAGUGGUAGCUCUAGUUCUUCCGUUCAGCCCGUACGUGGAAGUCGGGGAAAGGGGUGAUCACAAACCGUCGGAAUAUUUGCCGGUUAAGGGGAACGGUUUAGAGGGUCAGAUCGCCAGCCUGGUCGACAGAGUAUUCGCCCCGCUCGGCUUGAAGUGCAUCGCAUGGAGCAAGCUGCCGUACCUUUGCGAAGGCGACCUCGGUCAGGCGUAUUAUUUUCUGGACGACGUGGUCUUCAUUCUAGAGGCGCAGCCCGAUAGCGCACAACCCAGUGAAUAACCAAUGCAGCUUUACCUCAUUAGCGUCGCACGACUCGAGACAGCCAGCGAGACGAUACGGAGCAGAGAAGUGACUUUUCGUCCUCAUUGACCGGUUACCGAGCGAACGAAAAAGUGCAGCGUGAACGGGAACACUUAUUUUACUGGACGCACGGCAUAGUUCCCCCUACCAGAAAAACUAUGUCGCGCGUCUAUUGCUUAGUCACGCUUAAGAGCCCACUCAUUUUUGUUCUAUUUCCUUCGCUCGUAGCUGCUUCGCUUUUUUGAAAAGUUGAUCACUGCUAGACGUAGUAGAGGUAAUGGCCGGCGACGAGGUUCACCAAAGAGUGACGCUAAAAAGGUAACACUGUAGUCCAGUGAUUCCCAACCUUCACUCACUUUGCAUACCACUCGACGAAUUGUUUAUCUAAGUUUCUCAAGUUAACAAGACAUUUGUAUUAUUACUAUUAUUAUUAUUAUUAUCAUUAUUAUUAUUAUUAUUAUUAUUAUUAUUAUUAUUAUUAAUACGGUUGCUGUUGUUUGAAACUGCUAUGUCGCAACUGCGAAUGAAUGAUUCAACAAUAGGAUUAAAGGAUACAGUCAGUUGAAGUUAAUAUUUAAUUAACACGCGAAAUGCAUCACGUUGGUUAAUGUAUUGAAUCUUUUACGUUUAACUUAUUAAUACACGGAAUCUUUAAUAUACGUUGAUAUUUAUGACACGCGCAACAAAUGUUCAAUGCGAGAUACAGACAGAAAUCAGGAACUCCAUUCGGUAUACCGUAUUUAUUUCCAAUGAAGGUAUAAGAAAUGACAUCCCUCUCCGGCAUUGUUCUGUAUUCGUGAGUGACAACAGAAACUUAAGUUCAAUAAAUUAAUAAGUUAAAGUCCGUUCUACCUUUUUCCAUUGUUACAUAAUGUUUGUCGCAUACCUCAGGUUGGGAACCACUGUCGCGGUGUCGAUAGCUUUUCGAAGGUCUCGCACGUUCGAGGAUUUUAGGAUAACUUCGCGAUACUCCCGCUUCCGAGUGGACGGACACCGGUUGCUGGAUGGGGACAAAGGCGACGGCCGACAUAAUACAACGUACACACAAACGCCGCGCACAGGCAAGUCACACUUGUAAAAACUUUUAAUGAUUGCUGUCAUGAAUGAGAAUUAUGCGAGAAUACAGAAGAGCAAUACUGGCAAGCGACAACGAGCUUAAUUUGCAGAUACAGCGGUUUAGCGUCUUGGUGUAUCAUAUCGUUAACUGAUUGCUCAUUCGUUUAAGCGAUGAAUGAACAACAAACGGUGCACAUUUUACAACCAUCAUACUGUCAGUGUCAGUGCAGAAAACAUGUACACGAUCUGCGGUAUAAAUACGACGCGAGAGCAAUGAAACUCGGAAACGUAUUCUGAACGAUCUACAUUUGACCUCGCACCGUUCUACUUAGUUUGGUUUCUUUCUUUUUUUUUUACUUUUUUUCAGUUCGACCCCCCCGCGCUUGGCUUUUGUACCAUUUGUCAGAGUCAGUUUCCGUGCUCCCUCAUCUUAAUAUCUUUCGCAUUUACAGAGUUGUUCCGUUUAAUAACGUUGACCACCUGAGAUACCUCUGUGUCAUGACAAAUCGGAAAACAAUCUUGGAGAAGCUACAGUUCAUCUUUGUAGAUCGCUACGUAUUCCGUCAACACUUUGAGACUGUAAGUAUUUCAUUAACCCUUCAGAUAGGACUGAGCUUGCUGCGCAGCUACAUCGAUCCAUGGGGAACUCCGAGCGCUGGCAGGAUUGCUUCCGCUGCUUCACAGCGAAAUGUACUUGUACUGAAUAGUGUAUUAAAUAUUUGUUAUUGCUGGAGAAGCGUCCAAUCUUUUUCAAUGCAGUACAUAAAUUAGAACCAUUAUAAUCACAUCUUAACUCGUUUAGGCUAUCUGGUACCAUUUGAAGACAUUCAAUGAUUAGGGUGAAAGAUAAAUUGAAGGAAUGUUACUUUCAAUCGAAGCUAAAGGGUUAAACAUAGUAACAAUUUUUCGUUGCUUCGUCAAAUCAAAUAUCCAUUUCGAGUACAAACGAUAUCGUCGUUGGACGUUUUCCAAGUGUCAUUCGAAGUGAACGAGAUAUUUCAUUUGGUCGAACGAUGGGAAACCGCUUGCACGCAGCGACUUAGUCAUAGAUAUGCUUAAUCGCGCCGAUACUUCGACAGCGAGGCGAACGUUAAUACGCUCGCGAUAAUUUUACAUAGCUACUAGAGGAAAUAAGUCUGUUUAGUUGCUGUAAAUACACUUUGGUGUGUAACUGGUAAUCGUGAAAUCACUAGACGAUACUGCUUUAGACCUUAUUACCAAAUUACAUUAAACGAUCAAAAAAAAAACACGGAGCGUACAGGACUCAAAUUUCUCCGAGGUUUCGGAUGGUGUGCCGAGUAAUUCAGUUGAUACAGAAGAUCCCACAUGCAAGAGAGAAGCACGAAAUCAAUGUGUUAAAUACCUGUGUAGUUUCGUUCGUGGUUACCAAGCAUAAUCCAGCCUGAAGAUACAAAAUGAAACAAUGCACUUCGUGUAAGUUCAACAAAUGUCGCUAUUCGAAAUUCC